AUGUCAUACCAGGGAAGCAGAUCAAUACCUGCACACAUCCGGCAGCCCUCGAUGGCCGGGCCAUCUGCAUCGACAGGCCAGUCGCCAGCGCUGGUGGCACGGGUCAACGAGAAGAAGGCCGAGCUUGAGAACCUCAGAGAGCUGCGCGACCUAAGCGCGGCAGUCGCAUCGCAGAUGGAGGCACUGGAGCAGAAGCUCGCGACGCUCUCUGACGGCACGGAAGCUAUCGCGCUCGUUAUGAGCAACUGGCAUAACGUCCUCCGCGCCAUCAGCAUGGCUUCCUCCAAAUUACCCAAACCACAAGUAGAUGCAGAAGGCGGCGGGGCAGCACUACCGCAGACGCUGGUCCGUAUACCAACCGACCACGCGCCUGCCCUACAAGCCCGAGCCGAAGGUUCCUAG